UCCAAAUGUAAGGCGAUCCUAAUAGUUGACUGGUCCGUGCAUUCACAGAAGCAGACUUUAUCCAGUCUGCCAUCCCGGAAGCAGAGGAAUUUGGGGGUUGGGUUAGAGAAACAUAGCAGCUCCGCGUGCGGUAGAGAAAGACCGCACCGAUACAAACACUCACACCGCGUAACAAAAUACCGAAGACGUGACCUCAAACUACACGGAUACAACCACCAUAAACAUCGCUCCGGAAUGGAUAAGCUGCAAAGACAGUAGUCUCGGGUGGGACAGAGGAGGAUGGGCGCAGAGUCCUGGUGUCGGUGUAGAUGUCUCUCGGUCGGCUCUUGCGACGCGCCUCCUCCAAGGCCUCGGACCUCCUGACCUUUAACCCAGGGUCGGCGGGUUCGCGGAACGGCUUGGACGGGGAGAUCAUCUUCUCCAAGAACAAUGUGUGUGUGCACCCUGCCGAGCCCCUCCCGGGCCUGCCCGAACACCACCCAGGGUACCUGUGUGUGCACAUGGAGAAGGAUGAGAGCCUGGGAACCACUCUGAUCCUAACCUGGGUUCCCAACUCCCGCAUCCAGAGACAGGACGAGGAGGCCCUGCGUUACAUCACCCCAGAGAGCUCACCUGUCCGCAGGAACGCUCGGCGCAGGCCCCGCAGGCCCCACUCCCGACACCCUCCCGCCCAGGAGGAAGAUGAGGACCGGGAGGAGGAGGAGGAGAGGAUUGGGAACGGAACUGGGAUUGGAGGGGCCCUGGGUCUGGAGGCCAGCAUAGAGCCCCCUCCUCCCCAGCAACAGCAGUCCCAGUCUGGGACGGAUGAGGGGGACGAGGGGUCCUGUGAGCUGUCGGCUGACGAGGUGAGCAGGGACAGCACCAUGGGCUCGGACUCAGACACCACCUUCUCCUCACCCUUCUGUCUGUCGCCCGUCAGCGAGUCCCUCUUUGAGAGCAGCGGCUCUGUGUUCCUGGACAACGAGAGCAGGGAGCUGUGCGACGAGUCCAUGACCCAUUCGGCUAGCUCCGCCUCCAGCCUGGACAGCCACGCUCCCUCGGAGAACAACAGCCAAUCGCAGGGUAUGCGGUGGGAGGAACAGCAGAAGGUGCUGGCGUUGGAGCAGCUGGGGGGAGUGUUCCGGGUCGACCUGGGUCACAUGAGGUCGCUCCGCCUCUUCUUCAGUGAUGAGGCGUGUAAUAGUGGUCAGCUGGUGAUCGCCAGCAGGGAGAGCCAGUAUAAGGUCCUCCACUUCCACCACGCAGGUCUGGACAAGCUGGCUGAGGUCUUCCAACAGUGGAAGUGCUGCAGAGAGACGCAGCUCAAAGACCAGGUAGUGGAUGAGAAGUCAUGUAUGCAGUUCUCCAUCCGGAGGCCCACCCUGCCGUCCUCUGAGACCCACCCGGAGGAACGCCUGUACCGCCGCCUGGACGUCACCACCUGGCUCCGACACCUCAACCACAACGGACAGGUGGAGGAGGAGUACAAGCUACGCAAGGCCAUCUUCUUUGGGGGCAUUGACCCAUCCAUCCGUGGGGAGGUGUGGCCCUUCUUACUGCACUACUACAGCUGUGACUCCUCCUCCCAGGAGAGAGAGGCCUGGAGACUGCAGAAACGCUCUGAGUACCACCACAUCCAGCAGAGGAGGUUGUCUAUGAGUCCUGAGGAGCACAGUGACUUCUGGAGGAAGGUUCAGUUCACCGUGGAUAAGGACGUGGUGAGAACAGACCGCAGCAACCACUUCUUCAGGGGAGAGAACAACCCCAAUGUGGAGAUCAUGAGGUGUGUGCUGCUGAACUAUGCGGUGUUCAACCCAGAGAUGGGCUACUGCCAGGGCAUGUCUGACCUGGUGGCCCCCCUGCUGACCGAGGUGCAGGAUGAGAGUGACACGUUCUGGUGCUUCGUAGGCCUGAUGGAGAACACCAUCUUCAUCAGCUCUCCCCGCGACGAGGACAUGGAGAGACAACUGAUGUACCUGAGGGAGCUGUUGCGUCUGAUGCUGCCCCGGUUCCACCAGCACCUGACCCAGCUGGGGGAGGACGGCCUACAGCUGCUGUUCUGUCACCGCUGGCUCCUACUCUGCUUCAAACGGGAGUUCCCCGACACGGAGGCCCUGCGUAUGUGGGAGGCCUGCUGGGCACACUACCAGACGGACUACUUCCAUCUGUUCGCGUGUGUGGCCAUCAUCGUGCUGUACGGUGAUGACGUGACAGAGCAGCAGUUAGCCACCGACCAGAUGUUGCUCCACUUCAGUAACCUCUCCAUGCACAUGAACGGGGAGCUGGUGCUGCGCAAGGCCCGUAGUCUGCUCUACCAGUUCCGUCUGUUACCAAGAAUCCCGUGCAGCCUCCAUGACCUGUGUAAGCUGUGUGGUCCAGGGAUGUGGGACAGUCGCUACAUCCCGGCCGUGGAGUGUUCUGGGGAGCACCCCGACUCCCAGAGUUGCCCCUAUGGAGGCACAGCCACCCCCCAGCCCUCGGCCUCCCCGUCACCCUCCCCCUCACCCAACCCCACCCCACUCCCCGAGGGCAAGAGAGGCUCCAAGACCAGAGACAUCUUCAUGUUUCGGAAGCAGUCCUGAGUUGAAAUAGGGGGAGGGAGACAAUGGUGCUAACUAUAACUGUUGAGUAGAUCAGACGCUGCAGUACCACUUUUCUGCCACUAGGAUUCCCAACAUACUGUAUGUGCUUCUCUCUGAUACUUCUCUUCAGGCUCUCCCCCUUUUCACAAUCCCCAUCUUAUUAAAGGGAUUUUCCACCUGAUCCUUUUGUCCGGUGUGACAUGGAAUACUGCCUUAUAAGAAUGUAUAUUUAUUUGGAACAUUCAGUACCACAGACACUUGGCACUACGGUUCCCAUGAAGAAGCUGCUGCUCUGCUAUUGGAGGAGAUUGGACAAUCAUCACUCUGUUGGACUGUCACCUUUCAGGGUCCACACUGUGGUCUAAGGUUGCUGGACUGGAUUCAACGUGACUCCAACGGUCAAAUACUGACUUGAAGGGGAAUUGUUGAGAUUUGAACUCCAUCGAAAGGUUUUCAUAUGCUCACAAUGGAAUGUUUGUGUGAACAAUGGAAUGAUAUAUUAUCUCAGCAUAUUGCAAUCAGGCUGAAGCCUAUUAACACAACACACGUAUAAACCUCCAUCAACUAAGAGGCAAGCUGUCAUUUCAACUGUCAGUAAGUUGAAAUAUUGUUACUUUUCAAAUCAUAUAUAUUUUUUUUGUUCCCUUCAGAGGGAGUGUGUAUCUGUGGGUUUGCGAAUACAAUAUUUAGCAAUAUAGUACGAUUAUAUCCUUGCAUGAGCAACCCUUUAAGUAUAAAGGGCACAACCUGUUUAGCGAAUAACACAAAGCCCAAAACAGAGGUGUAUAUAGAAAACUGUUUCCACAACAAGUUUUCUACAAACAUCCUUAUCAGACUUCUGUUCAGAAACCUGCUAAUUUCUUCUUCCAUUAUCAGAUGACACUGCCUGUGAGGCUGAAGGAAGGUGGGAUUGCAUUUAUCUUUGAUAAGAGGGGAUAUGAAGAAAAAUGGCAUCUAUCAAAGCAAUAGGGAUUAAAAAAUAAAAAUUAGACUAGAUGUAGAGCUUAAAAAAUAUGCGAUGAUGGUUGUGGAUAUCCCACCAUUACCAGUCAGUGUACAGUUUGGUCAGCUAGCUACAUAUCGAAUAUGAGAUCAUGUGUUUAAGUUUACUUUAAGUUUGUUUUUGUUAAAUAAUGUCAGAUAGGGCAGUUGUGUAAAAGCUCAACAGUGUUGUUUUUCCAUAUCUAGAAACACAUUGACCUCCAAGUGAAUGAACACCACCAUUGUUGUCACUGCACUAAACAAUAUUAUAAUUCAUUUGAUUUGUACAGCAGUUUCAAUCAAAUACAAUGAAAUCUCAAGGUUCUUCACCUGCACCAACCAAGUGAAUUUGUCCAUAUGAAUGUAUCCACUUUGUUGCUUUCUAUUCUCUUGACCGUUUAUUUCACGUGUGUGUGUGUGUGUGUGUGUGUGUGUGUGUGUGUGUGUGUGUGUAAACAGCAGUGACCUCCCAACAUCUGGUAAUGAGUUGGGGAGCAGCCACCAAUAGGCCUCCACUGACUGAUCUCCUCAAUUACACAACACAUCAUCACAGAGCGGGUGAAAGAAAACCAACCAAAGAGGAAUGGCAGCUCUGUACCCAACCUGCUCCAAAUACUAUUUGAAAUCAUUUAAAAUGGUUUAUUUGUGGUUGAGUGAGCUUGCUUGGCUGAAUAAUGGGCCAAUAGAUUAGUCCCAAAAGGCAGGCAGAUGACACCAAAAGCUUAAAGUAUUUGAAAGAUUUCAAUUAUUUAAUUUUAAUUUAUUUCUCAGAGAACUUUCAAGGCCUAUCAAGUGAAGUGUUGAGAUCUGCAUGUUUCCUGUCAUCUGUGAGUUGUCACAGUGGCGAGGGUUCUGGGGGUGGGUGUUAGAGUGCCACUCCUGGGGGAAAAACAUCUUCAAAUUGCCACUAAAAUGUAACAUUAGGAUCUUCAAGCUGCUUCCCCUCUCUCUCCUGCUCAACAUGCAGUCUCUGCAAAUGACAUGCAUUACUGGCCCCUGCGUCCAUUAGUCAUCUGUGGCUGCUGCUCGCUGAAAAAGCCUGGAGAUUUAGAUUGUACCAACCACUUUAUAAAGGGCUAACCGAUGGAUGGUAACGUGGUUUGGAAAAUAAUUGGGUGGCAAGGCAGCGGGGCUUUGUGUGUGUGUGUGUGUGUGUGUGUUUAUUUACUGCUUAUCUCGAUUCUUCAUCUCUUUCCAUGGACUGUUUAUCUCACGUUGAAACUGUUUCUGAACGUGAGUCACUGUAACAUGUCUUUGGGUUUAGUUGUAUUUCAAAAUGUUUGACUGAGUUCUCACUGAAUGUAGAGUUCUAUAAGGUUCUAUAAUACACAGGCCACUGAUGAGGGCCGACUGUGGUCCUAUGCUGUAGUGUAGUCAACACAUACAAGACUGGCUUUCACAUACUGCAGGGCCGUGGUGAAGGCAGAAACGGUGGGGAUUUGAAAUAAAUGGUGUAAAUGGGACUUUUGUUUUUCACACACUUUUCUCUCUGCAUUCUGACCUUGAACUUAAGCAUGAGGAAAUGCAUGUGCCAGCCAGCUCUUCGUUUGGGAGGAGAUCACAUAAAUGGCGGUCUGGCAGAGGUGUGUCUACAGAUACUCUACUUGAUUUCUGACCUUCCCUAAUAACUUCCACACCGUUAUGCUAUUUUUCCAUGAAGUAGGAUUUGUGAUUACACACAUUUAUGUUUAGGGAAUAAAAUCACUGUUUUUAAAUCUAAUGGUGGGUUCUGAAAUGGAGACAAUUAUCCACUGAUUGUACAAAACAUUAGGAACAUGACUCAAUUCGUUGGGGCAUGGACUACAAAGGUGUCAAACCUCCCACAGGGAUGCUGGCCCGUGUUGACUCCAAUGCUUCCCACAGUUGUGUCAAGUUGGCUGGAUGUUCUUUGGGUGGUGGACCAUUCUCUAUACACACAGGAAGUGGUUGAGUGUGAAAAACACAGCAGUGUUGCAGUUUUUGACACACUCAAAUGGUUACCCUGGCACCUACUACCAUACCCUGCUCAAAGGCACUUAAAUAUUUGUUCUUGGCCAUUCACCCUCUGAAUGGCACACAUUACACAUGUCCAUGUCUCAAUUGUCUCGAGGCUUAAACAUCCUUAUUUAACCUGUCUCCUCCCCUUCAUCUACACUGAUUGAAAUUAAAAUAACAGGUGACAUCAAUAAGGGAUCAUAGCUUUCACCACGAUUGGCCUGGUCAGUCUGUCAUGGAAGAGCAUGCUUUCUACACCGUGUGUAUGUUUUCAUGGCUAUCUUUCCAUAUUGUGAACACAUUCUCAAUAGUCUACAUUCUAGUCUGGUGCCGACCAAAUUCAAAUUAAAAGGUACACGGUAUUAAAGGGAUUAUUUUAGAUGAAAGAACAGAGAAACUAAUUUAACAACAACUCCCUCUUCAAAUUGGUAGGCUACCCAGCGGGUGUGUAUUCUGGGGUGGAAUUAUAUUUAUCGAGUGUGCGCAAAGGGGCCACGCCCGCAAACCUUGUGACACACCUUCAUACGGUAAAAGCCGAUUUAUGGUCAAUUGGACAUCUGCAGAAGCAGUACAGCAUUUACAGCAAUGGGGCCUCUGCAGAAGUCAGAGCAUUCAGACUUGUUGUGCUUCUGGGAGCCGUCAUAGGCAUCCAAUAAAUAGUUCUGCACCGCACCACUCGUAGUGAUUCAGGGCUAAUCUCUAUCUCAUCCAGCUAAUUACGAGCAACUGGCUAAACGAAAAGACUAGAGUUUACUGCUUCUGAGAUGUUGCAGUCCGUUUCCCGGUGCUUGAUAUAAGAGCACAGCCAAGAUAGCAUGAAGUUUAAAGGCUGCACUGUUUUCCCACCUGCAUCUCCAUCCUGAAUCUCCUCACUGCCCCCCAGAAAAAAAUAGCCUACAUUUAGGCUAUUGUUUAUAUGUGUAUUUCAGGUAAACAUCGGAGUAUAAUGCUGGUAUGGAAGUCAACCCAAAUACAUGUCCAUGUCAUCGUUACCAAUCAACUGCAUUACAGUUAAAAACGACUGUCUCCCACCACCCAUUUCUCUAUGCUAAUCAGCUAAUACAAACGGGAGUUAGCACUUAGUCACUUCAUCUAAACCUGAAAAGGGUUUCUUCUAAAUGAGCAGCCACUUCUAAAUGUUAUGCAGCGAAAACAAUCAGAUUUUAGUAGCCACAUUGUGAGCCUGUUGCAAUACCUCAAUCAUGACGGAUUUGAUAAAUAUCCACUUUGUUAGAAUCAGAUUUGUUGAAUAUGCGCCUAUUCACUGUCGUCCUAUCCCAAACGGUCUGAAUUCCAUUAACCUCUUUACCGCGUCUAUCCCCAUUACAUCCCCGAUCUCUUUCCAGGGGUUAAAAUACCUUUUGGUAUCUUUUGAAAUCCAAACACAAGGUAUCAUAAAGAUGUAUUUUAUUUGUGAUCUUGUUAUAAUAGCCUUUUGUCAAAGAUUCUCCAUGUGUGUUGUCAAGGAAGUGAGUUUGUGUUUAUACAGUAUGUACCGCCCCCACCUACCGUCAACCAAUCAUGUCAAUGUGGAGCUAUGCGGAGCCCUCCACAUUGUUAUAACAUUUAGGAGGUGCAUGACAACGCAGUACAGAGCUCAAUUUGGCCUCUGCAAGCUUCCGGAGGCUCCUCAAUUGUGUCACGCGUCCAUACGGAGCCUCCGGACCACAUUCCUAGAUCAACCAUAAAUCUUCUUUAAGUCUGAAUAGCAACUACUGAGAAGUGAGUAGGAAAAGGCAUACAUUUCCUAUGUCUGAAUCGGACCCCAAAUGAAAGAGAACUCAAAAACAGCGACAGACUACUUGGACUUGUCAAAUAAGAAACCAUUUUUCUGUUUUCCAUUUGAAACUGUUUUAAAAUUAUUUAUGUUGCUAACAAACAAGAACCAGAUAGAAUCGGUGUCUGCCAGUAAAGGGUUGUUAACAUGGUGACAGUAUGGGUGUUUUUCCUCGAGUUCCACCCUGAAAACUAGGCUAUUUAGUACACAAUCUAACCUGGAAUGAUUGUUUACUGUAGCUUCUCAUUAUGGUUGGAGGACUGUAUCACGUGCUGGAUUCUUAAACUGCCUGUCGUCAACAUCUGUUAAGAUAGCAUCAGAAUGAUCGCCAGGUGGCCUUGUCUUGGAGAGCAACAGGGACACUCAAACCAGGGUUGCCAGAUUUGUAUAAAAUCCCCCGGUCUCUGCUCUUUACUCAUGUUGGAUCAAUUGAAGCCUUAUAAGAAGAUGGUCUCUGUCUAUUUAGUUUAAGAUAUCACUGCAACUCUGACAUAUUUCUCAUAGUUCAUAAUUUGAAAAAGGGGAGGUCGCUGAAACUAGCCGACAAAAAUGUACUUAUAUGACAUUUAGAUAUGUAAAAUAAAUUGGACAUGAUUUCAAAAUGUGAUAAUGUUCAUUGUUGUUCACUGGCUGAUGCUGCAGGCCUAUUGGCCGGUUUCACCCUGAGUGACGCUGCUGCCUCUCAGAUUUUAACCAAAGAAAUACCACGACUAGAACGGACAUCCCCAUUCAAGUGAAUGAUCUUUAAUUGGUGGAUCGCAGCCAUAUUGAGUGUACCCAUUAGAAUGCACGUUUUUAUUUCCGUUCUAAUAACUAUAUUUCUAUGCUUGGAACUGACUGCAAUUACACAACCCAUUAGCAGCUGAUUGAUAGCCCCUGUCAGGCUUAAUGCUUUUCAAGAGCAGUAAACCAGAUAAAGGGAAAAUGACAAUAAAUACAUAAAUGAAUAAAACGCCACUUCUCAUUACUCCUAUCUACAGUCUCCUUUGAGUAACUCCUGUGAGGUUCAUCUACACAACAACAUUACUGUUGAAUGAUGAUGGAAGCUGACUGAGGAAUUGCACAUGUGAAGGAAGAGCACUAUAAGAUCUGUGGGGGCCCGUAUUCAUGAAGCGUCUUAGAGUAGGAGUGCUGAUCUAGGAUCAGGUUUCCCCCUGAACAUUUAAUCAUAUUCAUUAUGAUCUCAAAGGCUAAACUGAUCUGUGUGCAGCAGCAUUGCAGGAAAAGCAGAUGUUGUCAUCUUUUGCCUUCAUGUUCAUGUAAAGUGUUCAUCUAAGAGGCGCUCAUCGUCAUGUGCUGCUUUGCCUAAACCUACAGUGGCAAUGUGGAUUAAACAGCUGUCAUCACAGCUCUGUGUGAUUGAUAAGAUCUGAGGUGUAACUGUAAGUGCUCUAUCCAUCUCAGACUUGGGUGGAAGCCCAACCAAACAACCAGCACCGUCUGCAACCUCACACUGCUGCCACCAUAGACAUACAGA